AACCAGGCCCUAGAGAAACAGAAAGAAUACAUUGCCUGCCUUAGGAAUGAGCGAGAUACGCUCAGAGAGGAGCUGGCUGACCUGAAGGAGACAGUGAAGACAGGAGAGAAACAUGGCUUAGUUAUAAUCCCCGAUGGCACUCCCAAUGGUGAUGUCAGUCAUGAACCAGUGGUUGGAGCCAUCACCGUGGUGUCUCAGGAGGCUGCUCAGGUCUUGGAGUCUGCAGGAGAAGGUCCACUAGAUGUCAGGCUACGAAAACUUGCUGGAGAAAAGGAAGAGCUACUAUCACAGAUCCGGAGGCUGAAGCUGCAGCUGGAGGAGGAGCGGCAGAAGUGCUCCCGGAGCGAGGGCUCGGCGGCUGACAUGGCGGGGCUGCACAACGGCUCCGACCUGCAGUUCAUCGAGAUGCAGAGAGAUGCCAAUAGACAAAUUAGUGAAUACAAAUUUAAGCUUUCAAAGGCAGAACAGGAUAUAGCCACGUUGGAGCAGAAUAUCAGCCGGCUGGAGGGCCAGGUGCUGAGGUAUAAGACCGCCGCGGAGAACGCCGAGAAAGUGGAAGACGAACUGAAGGCGGAGAAGAGGAAGCUACAGCGAGAGUUACGAACGGCACUGGACAAGAUUGAGGAGAUGGAGAUGACCAACAGCCACCUGGCCAAGCGGCUGGAGAAGAUGAAGGCCAACAGGACAGCACUUCUGGCCCAGCAGUAGGAGGCUGCCCUCCGGCCCGGGCGCCGCUCCUGAGGCCCCUCCCAGAGGGACUGACUUUUUGUUCAUUGACACAGACCCCCCUUCAGUACUGUUGGAGUUUUGUCAUUAAAAUAGCCACCUUUGUAUUUUAUAAUUUAUGAGAAUGAAACAGGUUUGAAUCUUCAUGAAUGAAUACUCUGGAUUUC